AUGGAAGAUACAAAAUUUAAGAACACUGAAGGUUUACCAUCAAUUGAGGAAAAUGGGCGACCUAUCUCGUUUUCAAGCGAUCAUAAUGAUGCUAACAACGAUAUUGCAUUAGGCAAUAGUACUGAAAUUGAGGAACCUUCCGCUUAUGGAUCGGCAUCAUCAUUUGAUUCGCCGAGUGUUAGCUUGAAUGGAGAUAUUAUUUUGACGGAUGCAAGAUCAACUGCAAGUUUAAAGACGAAUUCCAACAUUCAUCAUACGAGGAAGGUAUCCGACGCAUCAUUUUCACUGUUAACACCAACAAUCAGUACAUCAAAUUAUAACAAUUCCUCCGUUUCUUUAGGCAUAAACAAUCUUUCUGCCACAUCGGUUUCUCCACUUGGGCAAAAUUCCAUCUAUGAAUUGAUUGAAAAUGCGCAGUAUAGAUCGAAGGCGACCUCUACAGGAUAUUUAACCACCAUGAGUUCACCGAGUCAGAUAAAUAUUAGAGGGCCAACAACAAGGGAUAUUCCAGCAAUAAAGUUAAGUAAAAUUACGAAAGUUAAGGAUCAACAGUUCCAGCCAUAUUUAAAUACGGUUUCCGAUUCAUUUAAGCAAUUUGAAUCCCACAAGACGCUAACGAAAUCCACCCUUGAGGCAUAUAUGGCACAGUUAAACAGAGAAGAUAGAAGAAAAGGACUGUCACAGAAUGCUAAAACUCGGAAGAGAGAAAUAACUUCGAGUAUAAACUCAAGUACGAUGACAGGAGGUUCAACAAAUGAAACUGCCACAUUUCUUGCUGACAAUAUUAAUCAUCCAAAACAUAAAUAUACAAAAAUGGAAGAUACCUUUGGAAUGGAUGCGCUUGAUAGUGCCGAGUUGACAUCAAAUUCACUUGAGAAAGUUCCAGAGAUAUUUUUUUCGAAUGAUUUUCGAUUGGAUGAUCCUCGUGUUUUCAAUGAGGUUAUUGGAAACAAGAAAAUUCUACAAGAAACUAUCGAUUAUAACGGAGAGGGCGAGCAGAAAUCCGUGGUCGACAACAAUGUUCUUCAGGAAAGAUUUUCUUCAUAUUUAGAUAUCAUUGAAAUUCAUUUGAUACAUGAGAUAUCGAAAUCAUCUGGAUCAUUUUUCAGCGCUCUAGGAGAUUUGAGGAAGAUCUCCGAAAGUUCGAAUAAACUCACAGAGAAGCUGAAUACAAUUGACCACAAAUUAUCUUCUCUGGGAGAUGAAAAAGUUUUCCCAAUGAUUGAUAUCUUGCAGAUGGUUAGAAAAAGAAAUAAUAUUGCACGACUAGAGCAAUCCCUACUUCAAUUAAGCACAAUUAUGCAUCAGGCGGAUAUGGCUGAAUCAUCAUAUUUCAAUGCAAACUAUGAGAAGGUCCUAGAAAUAACGGAAGCUGUUUAUGCACUCAUUAAAGGUGACAAAACAAAUAAAAUUGUUUUUGAGCUCACUAAAAGCUGGAAUUAUGAUCUUAUCAAUAUGGAUUCGUUAAAAGCACUUUUUCCUUUGAAACGAUUGUUAUCAAAUCUGAUUUCGGAUACAGGUAAAUCAUUUGCAAAACUUUUCUGUGAUUAUUUGAUAGAUGAUCUUCGAAGGGUUUACGAAAAUUCAUCAAUAACGGAGGUAACCGAGAGAAUGGCAGGAAGUUUGAAUCAUGAUGGUGGUAACACAUUUCGUAAGAAAACGUCCGGGACUAAGGGUAAUUAUCAAAAAGUAGACAGUGACUUCAAAAAUGGACUUGAGAAAUAUAUCAGAGGCUUAAUACGCUGUGGUGAAAUUACAAGUGCAUACAGGACUUACGAGGAUCAUUUUCUGACGGAGAUGAAGACAAUUAUCAGGUCAUUUCUGUCUCCAGAGAAAAUGGAAAAUAUUGGAAACUCUGGUACUAGUAUAUCCGGUCUCUCGGGUGAUUCGAGGACUACUACAUCAAAAUUACAGCGGGGGCAUAGUUUAGGUGCAAUGAUAAGAGCUUUGACACCAAAGGAAUUUGAAGAUAUGCUUUUGGGAAUUUACACACAGAUUUCUGAGGCAUUGAGAAGGCUUACAAUUCAUCAGAAACUUCUUCUCGAGAUUGCAUUAGAUAGUAUAAGUGACAUAACUGUUGGAAACACCUCAAAUGAAUUACAACCAGAUUCAAUUGUUCAAUUAGAUAUUACUGAUGCAAUUACGUCGGCUAUUGAAAUUUCUCAGCGUCGAAUGGCAAAGAUAAUGAAUGCCCGCGAGUUGCAAAAUUCAUGUGUCACGUUGGACUAUUUCUUGAGACUUUACUCUCUUAAUACCAUGUUCUUGGGGGAAUGUGAACUAAUCUCCGGUGGAAGGCUAGUGAAUCCUGUUUUGCAGGAUAUAAUUCGCGUUCAAUUUCAAAAGUUCUACAGCCAAUAUCAUCAUGCGAGUAUGAAAAUAUUAAGUGGAAAAGUUGAGAAGGAGAUAUGGCGUGAAUGCUCAUUGCCAAAAUAUUUACAGAUCCUUACAAACCAAGAGGUUUCUGCUGGCAAGGAUGACUUUGAUGAAUAUGUUUGGAUGGGUCCAAUGAAUUUAGAGUUUGGAAAUGCAGACGAUAAAAAUGAUAAUAACACGGAUGGUGCAUCAUCUGAGGGCAGAAAAACACUUACAAUCGGGGAAGAGUCAUUUAUUGUACCAAACGUUGUUGGUAGUAUACUUGAGAUGCUACAGCAUUAUGAAAUAAUUAAGAUGCAGUUUCACUAUGUUGACUGCGGCUGCAUUAUAGAGCUUCUGAAAUUGCUAAACCUGAAAAUUCAUCAGUCUGUUUUGGGUGCACAAGCGACUAGAACUGCUGGACUUCGGAAUAUAACGUCAAGACACUUGGCUGUCACAUCUCAACUUUUGGGAUUUCUCUCUGAGCUUAUUCCACAUAUUCGGUCCCUAUUUGAAAGGCUAUCCAAAGCAGACACAGUUUCGUCAUUAGUGGGAAAGUUUAAUGAUGUUCAAAAAAUGCUUAUAAGUCACAGAACGGAGAUAUUUAAUAAGCUCAUUUCGAUUAUGGUGGACAGACUUGUGGCAGAAAAAUCAGAUAUACAACAAAUCAAUUGGACACAUCCACUACCAAUGCAAAAGGUUCAUUAUUACAUGGAGGGAUUAGUUUCAAAGACUUUAACAAUAGCCAGAAUCUUACAACGAUAUCUUCCCGAGGACCAGUAUACGCAUAUUUUGUCACAGAUUUUUGAUAAAUACAAGAAUGUCCUGACAGAUAUAUAUUCUGGUAUCAGAUUGAAGGAUUCCGUUGAAAAGGCAGUUAUUAUGCGGGAUAUAGACUAUUUUCGGGAGAAGCUUGCAGAUGUUUCUGGGUAUAGUAAUUCUGGGCAAAUAAUUUGGGAAAAUGUCAAUGCAAUGAUUACAGAGGAAGAUGGUCAUGUUAUUCAACCAGAUCAUUUACCAAAAAGCGAUGCUAUAGGUAUCUCUUCCAGUGUUAAGAAGUCAGUAGAUCAGCCUUCAACAAAAUUGGAUGAAAAAUCAUUGGAGAAGGUAUCAGGUAAGGAAGACACAAAUUCUAAAAUAGAAAAGGAAGCAAAAUUUGUGCGUACGGAAGUGAUGGUUGAAACUAAAAGUAAAGACGAAAGUAAAGACGAGGCAAAUGAAUCAAGCUACUCGGAUAACAGCUCUCAGAAAGUUAUGUCAAGCGAUGAAAAUCACAAACCUGUCAAUGAAGAUGCAGAACUAAAGAAUUCAUUAAAUGCUCAUAAUAAGGAGGAAAAUGAAAUCAAAGAGGAAAAAAUGCACAAGGAGGAUGCCACGGAAAAGGAUGAAAAGACGCCAGAACAUAGAAAGGACGGGGUGCGGGGAGAAGGAAAUAACUUAAGUCAGGUCUUAACAACUUCAGAAACGAGUACCAGAAAUACGGAAAAGGAUAUAUUAAGUACUGAAGGUCAGACGGAAUUUAAAAAGCACAUUCAGGAGAAAGAGGAUAAUGGUCUUGUGAAUGCUGACAUAAACACCGAAGCUUUAGAGCAUAACGCUAGAAAAGAUGAUGAACAAGAUAAUACACGAUCAGACACACAAUCAAACUUGUACGAGGAUAAAGCAGACGUGCAAAAAAAGCAGGUAAAAGAAGGUACCCAGAAAGAUCAUCCAGAGAAAGACAAUGCUGAAAAUAUAUUAAAGACGCAAGCAUACAAAAAAUCCUCUGCUACGGGACAAAAUCAUAUAGAUGGAAUAGGACUGGACGCAAAACACCCUGAUAAAAUAUUAUCAACAAAUACAGAUGAUAACGGAAAUGCCAAUUUGGAGAAGAAAGAGGAAAACGAAGAAGAUACUCCACCAUUGAAUAAUGAAAAUUCAAAUACGGGAGGAAGAAAGAAGACUAAUGGAAAGAAAAAUAGAAAGGCAAGAAGAGGGAAUGGUGGAAGAAGAAAGAAAAAUAAAUAA